ACAUUACCUCAGAACAAGGCUGCGACUGCGUUGGCGCGCCGAGAAACUCCCCCAAAAAGCCUCUCCUCCAACACGCCCAUAGAGCAAUAUACUCAGGAUACCUGGAGGAUUUGACGCUUCGCUUUUGCUGACACUGCGGGACUUUAAGAGCAAGUUGAGGCUCCUGUACCAGCGACACCAGCAGCUCAGCACCACCAGAGCCAAAAGCAACACACCCUCAACCUGAAGGAGAACCAACCGAAAGUAAACAUGAGCAGAUGUCUGAUCAGCAAGGUGGAGGUGCAAGGCUUCAUCGAGAGGUGUAUGACGGGCGUGGGCACCAAGCAGCAUCACGCCCGCAGCCUGGCCGAGGUGCUGGUGGAGGGGGACCACAGGGGCCACUACAGCCACGGACUCAACCGGAUGGACAUGUACGUUAAGGACAUCCAGACAGGAAUCUGUGCCAAGGACGGUGAGCCGGUGGUGGAGAAGGAGAGCGCCGCCACAGCUCUGGUGGAUGGGAAGAACCUGCUGGGUCCUGUGGUGGGAAACUUCUGCAUGAAUCUGGCCAUUAAGAAAGCCAAAGAAGCUGGCAUCGGCUGGGUGGUGGCACACGGUUCCAACCAUUACGGUAUUGCUGGAUAUUACUCAAUGCAAGCUCUGAAGGAAAACAUGAUUGGCAUGUCCUUCACCAACACGUCUCCACUGGUGGUUCCCACACGUGGUAAAGAUUGCACUUUGGGCACCAACCCCAUCAGCGUGGCCGCUCCGGCUAAAGAUGGAGACAGCUUUGUUCUGGACAUGGCCACAUCAGCAGUAGCUCUUGGAAAGGUGGAGCUCCAUGAGCGGCGGGGGGACACCAUCCCUGAGGGCUGGGGCUGCGACGCCCAGGGGAAACUGACCACCGACCCCAAGAGGGUCCUGAGCGGAGGAGGGCUGGUGCCCAUCGGAGGCAGCGAGGCCACAGGAGGGUACAAAGGCUAUGGACUGGGGAUGAUGGUGGAAGUGUUCUGUGGUAUUUUGGCCGGUGCUCAGUACAGCAAUCAUGUCCGGACGUGGAAAGUAACAGACCGUGUUGCCAACCUGGGUCAGUGUUUCGUUGCAAUCAACCCAGAGAACUUUGCUCCCGGGUUUGCCGACAGGAUGUCAGACCUCCUGUCCAUCCAGAGGGAGAUGGAGCCUGCUGACCCGAGCUGUCCAGUUUUGGCUGCUGGAGAUCCAGAGAGGAUGAACAUGAAGAAGUGUGAGGAGAUGGGCGGGAUCCCCUACCACAUCAAUGUUGUCAACUACAUGAACGAAUGUGCCAAGAGAGUCGGUGUCAGCCCGCUGCUGCCAUGUGACAAUCUCAUCUCCAACUAGUGGAUCCAGUCAGGAGUCCCAGCGCGGGAAACCUUCAGCUUCUGCUCAACUUAAAGUUCACAUUGAGGUACAUGGGAAUGAACCUUUGUACAUGCAAAUUGUGCACGUGUUGACAAUCAUAUCUUAUCCGUAUAACAGCACUUUCCAGGUAUUUUAAUCUCUUCUUUAACAUGUAACACAACACAUUUCCCAUUUCCAUGACAUUUGUGACAUAAGACCAAAAAUAUCAACGUUUCUUUCUUCUGAAGGAACCUUUUGAAAUAGCUUUACUAUGUUUCUUGUGUCUCAAAAUACUGCAUCUAAAUUCUACAUUUUAGUUUAAGCAUGUUGUCAAGAUGAGAUCAGUAUUUUUGUCAAUUCUUCGUCCAAAGCUGUUGGCUGGAUGUGAACGAGUUAAAGUCGUAGCGGUGGUGUUGAAAGAUGAGCUUGCUGGUUUGUUGUCACAACAGUUCGGGUUGUUCCCUUUUGGUGAGCUGUUUUACUUUGUUGCAGUUCAAAUGCAGUACACUUUUUUUUUAACCCUCCUGUUAUCCUUGGGGUCCAUGGUUCACAUUAUUUUUUUUGUUAGUAUUUCAUGAUUUUUCCUAAUUUAGUGAGGACUAAUGGGUAAACAUAAAAUGAACAUGAAGAUCUUUUUUAAAUGUCCUGUACGCACUUUGUACGCAUCGGUGUUCCUUGGGGUCAAUUUGACCCCAGGCUGUUUUAGUAGUUUAAAACAUGUAAAAAUUUCAAUAUUUUACACAUAUUUGUGUUGAUUGUGUAGGAUGAUAUUGAGGUGACUGUUACAUGCAAAUGUAUCAUUGUAAAAAAGAAUACCCUCUGCUUUAGUUAUUGGUCCUUUAACAACAUCAAAAAGAUCUUAUUUAACAUUGUAUUUCAAUCAGUGAGAUUUUAUGGUGAUUUAUAUAUUUUUCGAUAGUCACAUUCUGGAUGUAUAAAGGGGUCUGUGGGGGGGAAGGUUGGGGUAAUGUUUUAUUUAAAUGGUUAUUUAGGUAGUCAACUAAGAUACCUAAAGCACCAGAGACAUACAUGUUGGUUAAAAUGUGGAAUAUGAUCAUUGUCUUGAGUUUUAAACUCCUGGGGUCAAAUUGACCCCAGAGGAUAAAGGGUGUAAAGUCAAUCUGAGGAUAACAGGAGGGUUGAACUAUAUAGUUAUCAAGCUAAACGUGUUAUUUUUAUACUGAGAAGAAUUUAAAAAUGACCAUGCGAAUGUUUGGCUUCUUUUAUAGUUAAAAUUGUUUUACUCCAAUGUCAUAAAAAAAAGGCCUUACUUAUGUGCCUUAUUCAAUAAAAGCCAUACAAACCCCAAA